UGCGGGCGUCCUGUCGGAAGAGUAGUGGUGUGCACGCGCUUCAAAGAAAAGAAGCGGUCGAGCUCACAAUCUCUCCAUUCCCCAUUUUCACGUGACCUCAUAUACUCAGAGUCCCACUACAUAUCCAGCUGCUGCGCAACAACACGCUGCUACCAUUUCUAGUUAGUUCCCAGAACCCUAUCAACACUGCGAAUGUUACCCUAAUGACAACCAAAACGACAUCGUUCCUCGCUCUCCCUCUUCUCCUCCUUUUCCUUUCUGUUGCUACCAGAAGCUCUGCUCAAUAUCCGCCAUUAACGAACUCACUUCUCCCGUCCGACGCCGUUUCGUUGCUUUCCUUUAAAUCUCAGGCGGAUUCAGAUAACAAGUUACUCUACGCGCUUAAUGAGCGUUUCGAUUACUGCCAGUGGCAAGGCGUAAAAUGCGCUCAAGGCCGGGUUGUUCGCUUCGUUCUUCCCGGUUAUGGUCUACGAGGUAUUUUCCCUCCCAACACCUUAACUCGCCUCGACCAGCUCCGAGUCUUGAGUCUACCCAACAACUCCCUCACCGGUCCAGUUCCCGAUUUAUCUCCACUUGUUAACCUGAAGUCUCUCUUUCUAAGUCACAACUUCUUCUCCGGAACCUUUCCGAUUUCCAUUAUUUCGCUCCAUAGACUAACUGCUCUUGAUCUGUCUUAUAAUAACCUAGCGGGUUUAAUUCCGGUUAAUUUGACCGGUUUAGACAGAUUAUACUCUCUCAAGCUUGAGUGGAACCGGUUUAACGGAACGGUUCCACGUUUGAACCAAUCAUCUCUUGCACUGUUCAAUGUUUCCGGUAAUAAUCUCACCGGACCGAUACCGGUGACGGCUGCUUUGUCUCGGUUCGGCGCGUCGGCGUUCUCAUUGAAUCCGAAUCUUUGUGGUGAGAUUAUCAACAAACCGUGCAGUUCUCGCCCACCGUUCUUCGACUCACCGAAUUCCGCUUCCCCACCGGCACCGCACGGACGAAGCGAGCAAUCACAGGGAUUAGAAGUUUUGACUCCGCCAUCAUCGCCGACACAUCACAAGAAAACAGGUUUAAUUAUCGGGUUCAGCAUUGGUUUCAUCUUGUUAUUUUCAUCCCUGUUAUGUGUUUUCUUAAUGGUUAGAAGAAAAGGCAGGAGGGGGAAAAACACAAAAGAAACCGAAACGCAGUCGUUUCACACCAGGAAUACUUACCAUGAACCAGAAACGACUUCAAGAGUAACUGUUGAAGAAAACAAGUUCCAAGUAGAAACAAAAGCAAACAAAAUCAAAGUUGAAGAAAUUCCAAUAUCACAGAGAGUGAAAAAGAGCGGGAGUUUAGUGUUUUGCGCAGGUGAAUCUGAGCUUUACACUUUAGAGCAACUAAUGAGAGCUUCAGCUGAGUUGCUAGGCAGAGGAACCGUCGGGACAACGUACAAAGCUGUUCUUGACAACCAGCUGAUCGUCACAGUUAAAAGACUUGAUGCAACAAAGACCGCCAUUACAACCGCCGAAGCUUUCGAGCAACAUAUGGAUGUUGUUGGUGAGCUUAGGCACCCCAAUUUAGUACCCAUUAGAGCUUAUUUUCAAGCCAAAGGAGAGAGGCUUCUUAUCUAUGAUUAUCAACCAAAUGGUAGUCUCUUCAAUCUCAUUCACGGCUCAAGAUCAACGAGGGCAAAGCCUCUUCAUUGGACAUCUUGCUUAAAGAUAGCAGAAGAUGUGGCACAGGGCCUUGUUUAUAUCCACCAAGUAUCUAGGCUAGUUCAUGGCAACUUGAAAUCCUCCAAUGUCCUCCUUGGAGCUGACUUUGAGGCUUGCCUCACAGACUAUUGCAUCUCCAUCCUUGCCGACUCUUCUUCUGUAGAAGAUCCUGAUGCUGCAGCCUAUAAAGCCCCUGAGACUCGCAAAUCCACCCGCCGCGCCACUCCCAAGUCGGAUGUCUACGCUUUUGGAGUCCUCUUACUGGAGCUUUUGACCGGCAAACACCCGUCACAACAUCCUUUCCUUGCACCCCCUGAUAUGCUUCACUGGGUCAGAACAACGAGGGAUGAUGAUGGUGGAUAUGGUAACCAACUUGGAAUACUGACAGAGGUUGCCAGCGUUUGUAGCCUGACAUCACCGGAACAAAGACCAGCAAUGUGGCAAGUGUUUAAGAUGAUACAGGAGUUAAAGGAGAGUGUAAUGGCUGAGGACAAUGCAACUUUUGGCAAGUGUUGAAGAUGAUACAGGAGUCAUUUUCCACAAUGAAAAGAUUGGGGGGUACAUUGAAGAAAAUCAAAACUUGGAGGGGACAUCGUCUGUAAUUUUGGAUUGGAAGUGUUUGUCCCAAGGCUAAGUUGGAAAAUCUUACCAUACUUGGCUUAGCUGGAGGUUGAGUCGUCUUUUUUUUUUUUUUUUUUUUUUUUUUUGGAAUUCAGUAUAGAAAAUCGAUUGAAUUCAUCUUUGCAAUCACGUUUAUGUAUCAUAAAUUUGUGAAGGCAGGUUUCCUUUACAUUUUACCGUUGUUUUCACCUUUUGACAUUUGCUAAGUACUAAAAAUUGGCUCAGCCUAAGCAAAUCGGCCAAUUGUACAACGUGGAUUCUUUCUUUUCUAAUUCGGGCACUCUGAUACAUUAUAUUAUAACCUAUAAUGUUAAUUUAGUAAUUAUA